GGAGCCGUGGUGAAUGGAGUGGAGGGAGGGGGGGAAUCGGGCGACGAGGGACAGGAAGUGGAGGAGGGGGAGGUUGAUGGAGAGGAAGGGGAAGAGGAAGUGGAAGGGGAAGAGAGGAGGGAUGAGGAAGCAGGGAUGGAGGAAGAGGGGAGGGAGGAAGGGGGGGGGGGGGUGAGGAAGAGAGGAGGGAUGAGGAAGCAGGGACGGAGGAAGAGGGGAGGGAGGAACGAGGGAGGGAUGAGGAAGAGAGGAGGGAUGUGGAAGAGGGGAGUCGUGACGAAGACGGGGUAAAUAAGGAAGACUGGGAGCUGUCAGAGGA